AUGAAGCUUUCGUCACUCGUCGCAGAGGUCCAAUUGACGCUUCCGCUGACAUUCCACCCAGCAUCCCGCAAUACCGCUUCGCUGCUCUCUGCGCAAUAUGGCACGACCUUUAACGUCGACGUGAAUGUCGGCAAUCAGACAUUCAAGCUUCUUGUGGACACCGGCAGCAGUGACACAUAUGUGGUCAGGAAUGGCUUCGCCUGCAUCAACGAGACGACCAAUCUCGAGAUCGCGGAAGCAGACUGUGGGUACGCUCCCCAGACGUACAACCCGUCGAGCACCUACCGUGUUAUCCCCGAUCAGACGUUUGGCGUGAAGUAUGGCAAUGGCAUUGCCUGCGGGGCCAUGGCGUACGAGGAUGUCUCUUUAGCUGGCAUCACUGUUCCCGCGCAAGCCGUUGGAAUCGCCGACCACAGCACUCCGAUGGGCGACGGUAUCAACAGCGGCGUCUUGGGCCUCGCUUACCCCUCCAUCACCUCCGCGCACCCAUGGAACCAUACGGACAACUCGACAUUCUGGUUCGAUCGGAAAGUUUACAGCCCCCUUUUCAACACCAUGUACGAGCGAGGGCUCGUCGCAGAGCCCUUCUUCAGUAUUGCCCUCGCGCACACGCCGCGCAACAUCUCCACCCUAACCUUCGGUGGCUACCUCACCCUAGGCGAUCUUCCUCCAGUGGCCUAUGACUCAAAAUUCUCCACGGUUCCGGUGGAGAUUCUCGACACCAUUCCGCCCAUGUUUACCUCUGGCAAACGUACCCGAUCCUAUUGGGCUAUUCUCGUGUCUGGCGUGACAUUUGGAUCGAAACCCCGGGGAGAUCACACCUCAACCGCGGAGACUAUGAACACGUACGAUGUGGCAUUCCAGGCCUUCACAGAUACCGGUAACGAGUUCAGUUAUCUGCCAGCUGCAGUUGUAGAUCCCAUUAACGCCUUGUUCGACCCGCCAGCCAUCUAUAACCAUGCCUUGGGAGUGUCCGUUGUCGACUGUGAUGCGCAAGCCCCUAUUUUUGGGGUCAAUAUUGGGGGCCAGACGUUCUACCAUGAUGGACAGGAUCUCAUCUAUCAAACUGGCGAUGGGUAUUGUGUGUCAAGCUUAGUGGCAUCAGAGACUGUGGCGUAUGAGGACAUUGUGUUGAAUAUCCUAGGCGUGCCAUUCUUGAAAAACGUCGUGUCGGUACAUGAUUUCGGGAGAAAUGAGAUGCGAUUUGCGCAGAGGCUAGAUUAG